AUGUCUGACUAUAUGAUGAUCAUCGCCUGGCUCGGCUUCAUAGGGUACUUCGUUCCAGCUUGGUUAUUAGGCAAUGUCGCCCCAGGGGUCGAUCAGUGGAAUAUGACCAUGAGAGACUUCAUUAAAAUGCUCUACUACUUUCGUGUUGGGUCGGUUUUGUAUGGUAUCUGCAUUUUCUUUAUCAAAGCAUCCAUCCUAUUGCAGCUGGUCGAGAUCUUCUGUCACAGGAAGGACACCUUCUACUGGUUCUGCCAUACCGUGAUUUGGAUUAAUUUCCUAUUCUACGUGAUCAGUACCUUCGUGGAGAUCUUCUCCUGCCGUCCGAUAGCGGCUGCGUGGGAUGUUCUGAUCUCUGGCAAGUGCAUGAACGUCCGUCUACUGAAUGUGAUUGCGAGCUCAGUGAAUGGUUUCUUCGAUCUGAUCAUCUUGGUCCUGCCUCAAACCCGCAUCUGGCAACUUCAGAUGGCUCUCCGCCGAAAGCUUGCCGUCUCGACCGUCUUCCUAUUCGGAAUUCUGUACGUUUUUCCCUAUGUGGCCGAUUCUAAUGCUAUCACGCGGCUUGCGUAUGCCGUGCUACUAUUUACGACGACCAACAACAUUGCCUACUACAGCUACAUGGCCGGCCUAUGGACCCUGCCCGAGUUGGUGGCCGGUAUCAUCGCCGGAUGUCUCCCUUCCUCCCCAAAGUUUUUCCAGAGGCUGCGUCAGAACAAGAUGAUGACGAAGUGGGGGAGCUCGCUCCAAAAUCUCGUGGCCAGUCGUGGGGGCCCUUCGCACCGUCGCGGUCGCGGGGGCGGCGGCCUUUCAGGCGAUUCUUACAUGAUGGAGGUUCCCAAGGAGGGAAGCAAGAUCAAGCAACAGCAACAGCAGCAGGAGCAGGAGCAUCAGGAGCACGAGCGCCAUCGGCAGCGAAAAGGCCCACCGGACCAGUAUCCGCUGACAUCGUUCGCCAGUGCACCAGGGACCAUUGACCAGUCCACAAGUGAUCUGUCUUACAGCGCAGAACGGUUGGGGGAGGGUGUAUGA